AUGUCAGCAGAAGCAAGAAUAACAUUUUUAAAACUAAAUAAAACAUACAGGAUAGGUGAUAUAGUGGAAGGAAGUGUUGUGGUAAAGACAGCUUCACUUCUUAAGCAUGAUGGAAUACAACUUUUCCUGGAGGGAUUUGUUCUCAUUCAAAAAUCUACUGCUUUACUUGAGGAAAAAGUUCCUGAACUUGGGAAACAAACUGAACUAAUAUCGAAGAGUGUCACUUUAAGCAAGGGAGGAAAACUGAUUGCUGGGACCUACGAGUUUGAUUUUAAAGCUAAGCUAGAACGAGGCGAGGUACCUCUGCAAGAAACUAACCAUGGCGCCUGUAUCUCUAUUCAGUAUUUUGUCAGAGUUGAAAUUCGUAGAAGUCUUUUACACCAGAAUAUUGAAACUAUAGAAGAGAUUUUCCUGGAGGUUCCAUCCCCUCUUGAUGGUCGGAAACAGCUUGACAUGAGCUAUUUUCUUACGGAAUCAGAUGUAGACUCGCCAAAAUUAGAAAAUUCUCCAAAGUUUUCUAUAACAGGGGAACUAAGUAUUGGAGGAAUCUGUGAGAUUGGGAAACCAAUAAUUGGAACCUUGCUAGUUGAAUCUUCAGAUAAAAGUAUAUAUUCAGUUAUGAUUGAACUGCAGAGAAAGGAAGAAUGGUCCCAAAUUGGAAGUUUUCACUCCUCCAAGAUUGUGAGCCUUCAAAUCUGCGACGGAAAUGUUCCAAAGAAUGCCGCACUACCGAUUAAACUAAUUUUCCCGCGUUUUAGGGUAGCGCCAUCACUUUCCAUACCAAACCUCAGUGUACGCUACAGUUUUGUGAUAAGUGUCAUGUUUGAGAACAAGGACAUUGUCACAAAGGAAUAUCCUAUCCAUAUUGUUCGACGAUAAAAAAUAUGUAACAUAUAUUUGUAUUUAACUUUUCUAUAUUGUGGAAAUUAAUCUAGUUGUAAAUUAUAUAUAAUUAGAUAAAAAUUAAUAAAAUUUUAUAAAAAUAUAUUUGAUUUACAGCGGUUAAUUAUUUAAUGUUAUAUUAUGAAAUUCAAUCUAUAUCAUGAAAUUAGCCAACCAAUCAAUCAAUCAA